CAAGUAACUUCUACAGUUUGUCAGUUGUCAGUUAAACAAUGUAACUAGGCCACUCAUGUGUAGUUAUUCAUCUUCACUGCACCUCUAACUCCUGCUCCAUCUUUCUUUAGAUUUGUUCAUCAUAGUGACUCCUUGACUACUGGGGCAUCAGAGACUAUCAUGUUCAGCACAGGCAUCCUUGUGCUGACGUCGCCGCUUCAGAUUCUCCCUUUACGCAUUGCUCCAGUCCUCAGCUCAGCUGCUCAGCUCGUAGACCGCACGCUGUACGUCCACCUCCAUCCUGGGUUGAACCUGGGCAGUGGGAGCCAGCCUCGACCUGUUUUCAUCCCCCCAGUGGUGGACCUGUCCUCGCUCAUCACUCGCCUUUACAGCAAUGCGGCGGACGUAUGUGGGCAUUUAGAUAUUCGCGUUUUGCUGAAUAAUGUACAAUCCUGCAGCGGGGCGGCGACGCCAAACUGCCCCUUCCCCACGCCACAACCUCUGUCUCACUUCCCAGAGGUGGUGCUGACGGACUUUGCACUCCAGGACCCACAUCAGUCCCAUCAGGUCACUCAGUGUUUACAGAAGUACGCCGGUCUCUGCUACAUCUGUAGGCCCGGUAUCCCAUCGGUCCUGCUUCACCCACAGCUCGGAAAGCAGCAGCAGAAGGAAGACCCUCUGAUAAAUCACGAGGAAAAGACAAAACCUUUGGAGACGUACAGUGAUGUAGUUGUAGGGGGGACAUUUGACCGCCUGCAUGGAGCCCACAGGACAUUACUCAGCAUUUCGUGCCUUCUGGCUAAUAAACGGUUUGUCAUCGGUGUGUGCGACCAAGCUAUGCUUAAAAAAAAAGUUCUAAAGGAACUGAUCGAACCGUACUCCGUGCGAGUGCAGAAACUUCAGGAGUUUCUACAAGACACCAAACCCUCACUGCAGGUGGAGAUCGUGCCUCUUGAAGACCCGUUUGGGGUGUCUAUAGUGGACCCCCAGCUGAAGUGCAUUUUGGUUAGCGAGGAGACUAGAAAGGGAGGCGAAGCUGUCAACAAGAAACGCAUAGAGAACGGCCUCCCACCUCUUGUCCUUCAUGAGAUCCAGUUGCUUAAAGACGCCCACCGCAAUGAGAUCGAGGAGGAGAAGAUCAGCUCCUCCAGUCUACGCUCUCGUCUGCUGGGCACCCUCCUUAUUCCACCUAAAGACACGUCCCACCUCCCUCCUCUUCCCUAUGUGAUUGGUCUGACAGGAGGCAGCGGCAGUGGAAAAAGUUCCAUUGCCAAACAGCUGCAGGCUCUUGGCGCAGUUGAGAUCGACUGCGACAAACUGGGUCACGAGGUGUACCAACUGGGCACAGGGGCCUAUCACAAGGUGCUGCAAGAGUUUGGGUCAGAAAUACUGAACGAGGAUAAAACCAUCAACAGACGUGCAUUAGGGAAAAAUGUGUUUGGAAACCAGGAGCGUUUAAAAUCUCUAACGGACAUCGUGUGGCCUGAGAUCGCACGGCUGGUGAAGCAAAGAAUCAACCAAGCCAGAGACGAAGGGAAACGGGUGUGUGUGGUAGAUGCAGCGGUUCUUCUAGAGGCCGGCUGGACAGACUUGGUCCACGAGGUUUGGGUCACCAUCAUCCCCGAGGAGGAGGCGGUGUUGAGGAUAACGGAACGGGACGGCGUCAGCACAGAGGACGCCCUGCGCAGACUGCGGAGCCAGUGGCCGAGCGACAAACAAGUCGAGCACGCUAACGUGGUGCUGAGCACCCUGUGGGAGCCAGAGGUCACUCACAAACAGGUACUGAAAGCUUGGCAUCUUCUUCAGAAGAGGAUCCAACAGAAAGCCGAGGGACUAUAAGAACAUGUCUGGGUCUCUGCAUCACAUCAGCGCUGACUCAUGCACACACAACAUGCAUCUGUCAGGCCUAAGGACAUGUGUGCAUCAGUGACUAAUCCAAAUAUGGAUAUGCUGCCUUAAAAGAAGGAAAAAGUAAAGUCAUGAAACUACUGCAAAAUAUCCAGAAAACUCCCUCCCUUCAUUGACCAAGACCUGCUAACAUUUUCAUUUAUUUUUAUUAUAGAGUUGGAUGUGCUGAGAAGAGGUGAACUUUACAAUAAAUUAAGUGUAAAUCUUUUUAUUAAUAAAGCAUUUCGGUCAGAUUUUAACUAGAUUUUUAUUUAAAAGAACAGCAGUCUUUUAGGUGAUAAAUGAACUUUUUAAAGCCGUAACCUAAACUGUUGCUAAUUGCUAAUAAGGACUUUUACCUUAAGAGUCUCAGGAAAGCAAACCGGAUGGAAUUAUGAAAAUUUUAUUUUUAUUUUCUGCCUUUGGGGAAAGACUUUAAAUUGUGGAGAAAUACAAGGCAAUAAAGAGACAAAACUAAAAUAAAUGCAUUGGAGACGAACAUAAAACAUUAAUAAAAUUGUGAAACAGAGUUGGGGAAGUUUUCUUUGUAGCAAAUCAGUAAAUUAGUUUAGAAACUUUUUAUUAGUUGAAUGUACAAGAUGGAAGACGUGUACAAUCAGACAUGAUGCUUUCUGCAUAUUUUACACGAGCCAGUUGCAACUUGACCACACGACUUCCACCAGAGUAUUUCAGCGCCGCUUUGUCCGACAGACCCUGAAAGCCUCAGAGUAGAGUUGUCAAUCAGGGUGCUAAUGCA